AUUGCACAUUGAGUACCACCACAAUAUGUUGACAUCACACCAGAAAGGGAACCCAAAGGAAGUAAUUGUUGGAUGGUAUUCAACCGGAUUUGGUGUUACGAGAGGUUCUUCUUUGAUCCAUGAAUUCUACUCUAGAGAGGUUGCAAAUCCUUUCCAUGUACCAGUGGACACUACAUUCAGAAAUGGAGAGGCAACCAUAAAAGCCUUUGUCUCUGUUAAUUUAUCUCUUGGAGACCAGUCACUUGCUGCUCAAUUUCAGAAAAUUCCUGCAGAACUUCGAAUGUCAGAAGCAGAGAGGGUUGAAUGUUAGAUUGUUGCAUCUACAUGGGUCUUAUCAACUUGAUCAACUCAUCAUGUGUGAGGUCUAUACUCUGAGGAAUGCGCCUUAUGCUAGUGAGGAAAUUGAUGUGG